AUGGACUAUCUUCAAAAUUCAACAAACCCAAACAUCUGCCUUUCUGGAGGUGCUGACGGCGCCGACAUGGAAUGGGGAAAUUGUGCUGCUUCUGUGAGACAUCAAGUCAUACAUUGGAGCUUUCCUGAGCACUCGAGCCAGGUUUCAGAAGACCAGCUUAUUCGACUUACCGAUGAAGAACUCAAGAUAGGCAAUGAAGCCAUUGAAAAUGCGGCCAGAGCUCUUGGGAAAAGCCCAGCACGUCGGCCGACAGUUACCCGCUUGUUGCGCCGCAAUUACUAUCAAGUGGCUUGGAGCGAAGCAUGCUAUGCUGUCACUUUCAUUCCAGAGGCAGGGGACAACGCUCAACCUCCCGGAGGAACGGCAUGGGCAACGACAAUGUUUGCUCAGUUGCAUCCAGAAAAUCAUAGCCUCUAUGUUUUCGACCAAAACAGAAAUGUUUGGUUGCAGUGGCAAGGCGAAUCUUGGGUUAACAUUGAAACGCCGCCUCGUCCCGCAGGUGUCUGGGCUGGUAUUGGCGCUCGCAGUCUACAGCAAAACGGAAAAGAUGCUAUUCGGAAGUUGAUGGGUUGCACGGCGGACGACAUAUGA